AAUUAUAUUUAUUAACAAUUUUUUUUUUAUUUGAAGUAUUUUUGUUUUUAACUUUCUUCUCCCCCUCUCUUCUUCUUCCUCCUCUUCAUCUGUCACUCUUAAUGUCCCAUUGAUUAUUUUGUCGUUUACAUAAUCAACACUUCCAUAAUCAUAAUCAUAGAGGGGCAAGGAAAGGUAGUAGAAAAAUAAAAAAUAAUUAAAAAAGUUUUAAUUUUUAUUUUUUACGAUUGAUAAAAAUUACAUCUUUUUUGUUUUUAAUUUUGAAAAAAUUAAUUUAUUUUCUUGCUGUUGUGAAGCAAGAUUUUAUUGUAGGUGUUGUUAGGUCAUUGGUUGUAUUGUGUGUCUAUUGUUGUCUGCUUGAGAGAGGCUGUUUCUCUCUCUACAUUUUCUCUCUCUACCAAUUUUCUCUCUCUUCUUCACUGCACAUUUCCUCCUGCAGAAGCUGUGUCACUACUACAUGAAGAUGCUAGUAAGUGGCAUUGCUUCUGCUAUCGAUGCUUGGCAAUGCAGUCGAAGCACUUGGCGAAGAUAGCAAAGAACAAUGCAAAUUCAAGCCAAAAUUAGACCCGAGACCUCAUAGUGUAUCCAUUGUGGAGUUUGGUGCUAUUGGAGAUGGAAAAACAUUGAAUACAGGGGCGUUUCAGAAUGCCAUUUUCUAUCUCAACUCAUUUGCAGACAAGGGUGGUGCCCAAUUGUAUGUGCCACCAGGGAAGUGGCUUACUGGGAGUUUCAAUCUUACUAGCCAUCUCACCCUUUUCUUGGAGAAAGAUGCUAUUAUCCUUGGAUCUCAGGAUCCAUCCCAUUGGGGAAUCACUGAUCCAUUGCCAUCAUAUGGCCGUGGAAUUGAUAUUCCAGGAAGUAGAUACCGGAGUUUGAUAAAUGGGUAUAAUUUAAACGACGUAGUUAUAACAGGUAAUAAUGGAACAAUUGAUGGUCAAGGAUCAUAUUGGUGGGAUAGUUUUCUCUCCCAUAGCUUAAAUUAUAGCCGCCCUAAUCUUGUGGAAAUUGUGGAGUCGGUUGGUGUAGUGGUGUCAAACUUGACGUUUUUGAAUGCUCCUGCAUACAACAUUCAUCCCGUCUAUUGCAGUCAUGUACUUGUACAAAACAUUUCAGCUUAUGCUCCAUCUUCAUCCCCUUACACAAUUGGCGUUGUGCCAGACUCUACAGAUUACAUGUGUAUCGAGAACAGUAACAUAAGCAUGGGUUACGAUGCCAUCACUCUCAAAAGUGGGUGGGACGAGCAUGGUAUAAAAUAUGGUAGGCCGACUUCUUAUGUUCAUAUCAAACAAGUCAACCUUGAAGCAUCAACAGGUUCAGCCGUGGCAUUUGGCAGUGAGAUGUCUGGUGGAAUUUCUCAUGUUCUAGUCGAACAACUGCAAAUAAAAAACUCGUUAUCAGGUAUCGUCUUCAGAACUGGUGUAGGAAGAGGGGGAUACAUUCAGAACAUAGAAGUUUCAUCUGUUGAAAUGGAAAACAUUCACACCGCGUUUAAUGCUAGUGGUCAAUUUGAAUCUCACCCGGACAAGGAAUAUGACCCAAAUGCCCUCCCCAUUCUGGAUCAAAUUACAAUUGAUCAGGUUUUUGGAGUAAAUAUUACAGUUGCUGGUAGCUUCACCGGUAUCAAGAAUUCACCCUUUGAGUUUACAUUGUCUGAAAUCUCUUUAGAGUUGAAUUCAGCUUCAUCAUCAUCACCAUCUUCUGCUUGGGUAUGUUCAGAUGUUGUUGGAUCUUCGAAGAGUGUUUUUCCCGAGCCUUGUCCCGAGCUAAAGAGCUCGUCCUAUUCAAAUUCUUUCUCUUCAUCCUCCAUUGCCACCCUAACUUCGGAAGGUUUGGCUUCACAUAUAUAAUCAAAUCCCUGAUCGAUGCCAGGGAAAACGGGAAAGAGUUGGGAUUCUUUGAUGUUCUUCAUUAUAUUUGCUUCUCCACAAGCAUCAAUAGCAUAGAUUCUUUCCAAUAAGCUCAUAAAGUAUAUUUUUAAUUUCAUUAUUCAUCUUGUUGCAUUCUUGCAUAUUACUACAAAAAAAAAAAAGAAAAAAAAAGAACAAUAUCCUGCAUAUUAGUGUACAGCUUCAUUUCUUCAUUCUUGUGUAAGCAAAUUUUUGGUAGUGGUGACAGAAAGUAUCAAGAAAAAGUGCAAUGCUGUGUAUUUUAUUUUUCUUUUUUUGCAUUAUUAUUACAUGUUAAUGUUUUUUUUUUCCGGUGCGAAUGAGUCACAGAGGCAAUGUUAAUGUUCUUUUUGUUUUCAAUUUUUUUUUUUAAUUGUUUUCUUUUCUUUUUGGCAUUUGUAUUUAUCAUUUGGUUGUAAUUUGUAAAUCAUCUUUUAUGAUGUUAGGUGAUACAAAGACUUUAAUUUAUUUAUUUUAAUUAUAAAUUAUUUAUUUUA